AUGUCUGAACCGCUGAAGCUCAUCGGCUCCUUCGGCAGCCCGAUGGUCCACCGGGCGGAGGUGGCCCUCCUUCUGAAGGGAGUCCCCUACGAGUUCAUCCAAGAAGACCUCGCAAACAAAAGCGAGCUGCUGCUGAAGCACAAUCCCGUCCACAAGAAGGUCCCCGUGCUCCUCCAUGGCGACCGGCCUGCAGUAUGCGAGUCGCUUGUCGUUGUUGAGUAUGUUGAUGAGGCCUUUGAUGGCCCGCCGCUCCUCCCCUCCGACCCCUUCGCCCGUGCCUCCGCCCGCUUCUGGGCUCGCUUCGUCAACGAGAAGUGCUGGAGGUCUGUAUGGAUGGCACUCUGGACGGACGGUCAAGUGCAAGCUUCAUCAGCGAGGGAGGCGGCAAAGAACCUAAAGCUUCUUGAGGGACAGUUGCCGGAGGGGAAGAGGUUUUUCGGAGGUGAUACUAUUGGCUUCCUCGACAUAGCCAUGGGCGGGAUCGCGCAUUGGUUAGGAGUCUUUGAGGAGAUGGCCGGGGUAAGGCUGCUCACCGAGGAGGACCACCCAUUGUUGUGCAAGUGGGCGAGGGACUACAAGGCUGACGACAUUGUGAGGCAAUGCCUUUCGGAGAGGGGUCGUGUGCUUGCCGAGUUGACGGCGAGGAAGGAUCGGUAUGUGUCCAUAGCUAUGACGAUGGCCGCAAAGAACUACUAG